GGAAAUCUUGCACAGACGAUAUAGAACAUUGACAAAUUUAAUCAGCUAUAGUUAAGGUCAACGGAAUGCUGGUGAAUGGGGACCAAAGCAGAUAAUUGCAAGAAGUGUCUGGAGGUCAAACAGAAGUUAGGAAACACUUGCGGUGAACCACAUCUAUAUGUAUUGCAUUCAUCAAGGAGACUUUUCCACACCAAAGGAGAAAAAGCUAAGAAAAGUGAUAAAAAGAAGCUCCUGCAUGAUGUUGGGAAGACUGCAACAGCUCUUCGUAACUCUAUAGGGGGCAUUAUUACUCUUCACCUUCAGGAUUUGAAUGAGGCAGACAGAAGUCUGGAGGAAGUUGAUGAAGCUAUUGGGCGAACAUUUAGUGAACUUAUUGAAGAUGGUGCGCUGUUUGUAGACUCGUUUGUCCGUAAUUGGCUUUCGGAUAAACCUGGUUUUGAACUUUACAAAGACUUUCUAUUUGUAAAUGUGACGAAAACUAAGUGUAUCACAACAACAGACUUCAACACUAAAAUACGGACAGAUUUCGAAAACCAUCAGCCAACAGCUUUGUCUAUUGCUGCCAUUUUGUCCAAGACGUUUUAUGAUCCAGACUCUCCCCCAAAGAUCAGAGGCAUUGAUGUUCGGCACUUAUAUGAAGACAGGCAUGUUGAAUUAAAAUCAUACAAGCCCAAAACACAACAGCUAUCUUUACACAAACAUGAUGAAACAGAACUUGCUAGGUACAUUUGGGAUGAUCUAAAAUUGAAAGAUAACAUAACUUCCCUUUCAAAAGUGAAAGGGGGUGGUUCUUAUUAUGUUGGAAUAAGUGAAGAAGCAAAAACUUUCGAACACUAUGUGGGCAAGGAACCCAUUAUUCAUGGUUUUGAAAUCACUGCUGAUUUCCAGCGUAAAUUAAUUAAAGUCCUUUCUGAAAAGGUACAGUCUGAAAUCGUUGUUCUUGGUAUCAAUGGACGGUUUACCGAUGCUCCAUCUGAUUUGUAUGAAGUUGCCUUCCAUGGAGUGGAUGGCACAGACCCAAAGAAGUAUGUGUUGGAAGUAGCUGUGAGAUAUGUUGAUGGUGUUGUAUUUUUUGACAAAGGUCCAAGGUCCUACGUGAUAAACUGCAAGGGAGUGAUACAGCGCAUGGACCGAUCUGUGUGGUUACAGAGAAUGCAACAGAAAUGCCCAGCAUGGCAUAAAUAUUAGGAAAACGUUUCAAAAUUAUGUCGUGGAUCAUUGCAUAAUGUCAAAUCUGGGAUUUGUCGGCCUGAUCACCAGACCAAGGCAUGUGACGUCAAGUUCGAAGCUUUCUGUCUAUGUGGUCACCUGUCAAACGCCCAUUUGAUGACAACCAAUUAACAUGUCUCCCAUAACAAACAUUUCUGCUGACAAAUGCACUGGUAAAGCCAAUUACAAGAACAUAUUCUUUUACUGUAAUAUGUAAUAAGCAUUGCCUGUCGUUCUAAACUGUUUAGCAAAGGAGACAAAAUGUCACUGACGUCAAGCAGCGACAGCGACCCAGAACUGGACUACUCAGACGAGGAAAUCAGGUGCUCUUUCACAAGGAGUCCUACCAUCUCUGACGAGGAUGGGGAAGACACACACAUCCUUGCAACAUCCAAUUUUGGGCUGAGUUACGAUGAAAGAAAAGAGCUACUCAACACUAAUUUCACACAACAAAAACGAGAUCUGAGGCUGUAUCCAGGAAAUAUGCACAACUGGCUCAAGGACAAUCACCCAGACAUUUUCCAAAGACUCCAGCACUUUUUGAAGGACAAGAAUCACUUUGCUUUUUGUGCACCUUCUGUUUCGCAAAGUCUGAACAGUCGACGAGCACCUAUUUUGCCAAAGAACAUGAUCUGUGAUGUGUGUAUUUUCACCGAACAUCAACCAACAUUCGUGUUGACAUUCCGGACUAGGGAAGACAUACAGGACAAGGUUGGCGGACUCAAUGCUGAACUCAAUAGGUACAUUGUGGCCGAAAUCAGACGAGGAACUUCAACCAAUUUCAGCUCCGUUUAUGGGGUUGUGAAUAAGCAUGACUGCCUUUCAGACCAGCUGUUUAAUGCGAAAAUUGAGGCCUUUAUUAACUUUGUCAACACAAUAGCUGCCCCGCAUUCUCUUCGUAUGAACUAUGCAACAUAUAGAAGUUCUGCACACUGUUUCAUGAAGAUGGUUCCUGAACAGACUUCUGACUUGACAGCAGAUUACAUCGAACAUGGAAAAGAGCUCUUCAUUGAGAGAAAUGGUUUCACCCAAUGCAAAGACAGACUGAAAACGCACAAGAGCGUGGUGAUUGUCUCCCCUCCAGGUGAAGGUAAAACAACACUAGGACUAGCCCUCCUGAGGUACUUCAGAGAACAAGAACAUGGAGCCAAGUACCAGCCCAUCAUUCUACAAACACCAGAAGAAUGGCAAAAGCAAAUCGACAAAACCAGUCACCAGAUAAUUCUCAUCGAUGACAUGUUUGGUAUGUAUGUUCUUUCCCAGUCAAAACUCUGCCAUUGGAGAGACAAGAUGCCAGACAUGAUCCAUUCCUUAGUUGGUGGGUCGAAGCUGCUAGUUAUGACCUUGAGAAACAACAUUUUUCGUGAUCUUUCAGCAACAUGUACACUGAAACUAUUUCAACCUGACAACGUUAUUGACCUCUGGUUCACGAGACCACUGUUGUACCAAGAUAAAGAUUUGCUUGCCAAAAUCUACUCUCAACAUCAUGGUGCUAAUGUGUCUGGGGACUACAUAAAGGCAGUAGCAACUGCUGAAAGUGUUCAGGGCUUUCCUCUGCUAUGCAAGACUCUGAUGCAGUCAGUCGCAAAAGGAACUUCAAGAGACGACAUGGAUUGUGUCCACAUUCAGAUACUAUCAACAGAAAUUCAGAAUCUGAAAGACUAUGAUGUAAGCAUAUUUGCUCUCCUUGUUAUUGUUGCACUUAAUGGUGGUUCUGUUAACAAAGAAAACACUCCACCAUGUUCGAGGGACGUUUUACAGUGCCUCAAGUGUUCACACUAUGAAUUUAAGAGUCUCCUCUGUCGUUGCAAGGCAUACUUCGACAUUUACCUAAAAGAAAAUGGGGGAAACAAUAGCAUUUUCACACCCAAAUGUGCAGCAGGCAGUUGCAAGGGUGUUCUCGUUAUCACAUCCUAUGAUAAUGAUACAAAAUGGUAG